GUAAAGUAAAAGGAAGAACCUAUUCCUUUUUAGAACGGCACUCCCACCCCAUGUUAUUAGGAUAUUUCUCACUUUUGUUUGGCUCCAUUCAUUUGGUCGGGUAGUCUGCAACAAUGAGCAACGAGAGGAAGAUGCUUCUUCCUUACCUCCCUAUUCUUCAACUUCUAUCCCAAUAUUGAUUUCUUCUCCUCUUCUACCAAUACAAACCGCCGGCAAGGACUUCUAUGAACUCAAUUAUAAGGAUGGCCUGCAUUAAUUAUGAGUUGCAAAGAGAUGUUGCCAUCGAUAAUUGUAUUAGAAACAUAUUGGAUGAUAUUAACUCAUUAAGGCGUGUGUUUGGCUACGAGGACCCACUUAUGUUGUAUGCAUUAGAGGAAGCGAAGGAUGCAUGCAGAUUGAUGAGAAUCCUUUAUUUGUGUGGAAGGAAGUUGGGGAAAGGUUUGGUGCAUUUCGAUUCAGCGUUCUGUACUUUGGAAGAGAGCAUUCACAAGCAUUCUCUAGAAAUUCAGUCUGUUUGUCUCACAUUAAUGGAGACUUCUGAUGUUUUUUUGACAUUUCGAGACAAUAACGUGUCUCUCUACAACUGGGUUCUUCGCUUCCUAGGUCAACAGGAGGAUGCGAUUUUGGGAGAACUAGUGGAACUGCACCAGGUUCUCUCAAAUGUGUCGUUGGAAACAUUCCCUAAUUCUGACAUAGAACUGGGAGAUCUUCUAAUUAUCAUCGAUUCCCUUCUCGAUCUAUGUUGUCCCUUUCUUUCAACCACCGACAUGAAGGAGUGUCUGAAGUUCUUGAAGAAUUUCAUUCGUUUUGUCAGGCUACAAGGACUUGGAGGUAAGCAAAUGGGAGGUCUAUUGAUACUCGCCAGGGGCCUGUUGGUUGAUGUUGCUUGUUUCAUUUCCUGGAGAAUAGGACAUGAACGGCAUGACAAUUAUGAAGCUUCUAAGUGGUCGAACAUUGACGAACUUGUAAACAGAAUAGAGCCCCUUGAAUCUCAUGUUUGUGAGAUUUAUGUUAGAGCCCUGCAGGAAACUUCUGAGUUGUCAUCAUCAUCGAACCAUCUGGCACCACUAGACCAAUUCACAGCACUUGUGUUGGCAGAUUUUGUGGAUUCUCUCGUAUUUCUUCUUUGGCAGUACUUAUUCCGUGGAACCGGUUAUAAGUACAUCUUUGAUAAUCAAGUACGGAGAUUAUACAUGGGGCUCAGACUCCUGAGAACCACUCUGAGAAAACAAGUUGAUAAGGCCAACGAGUCAUUGGAAACAAGGCAUGGCCUUAUCGGAGUCUGGAUUUGUGAGGCAGGAGUCACAAUUUGUUAUCUUUUUCAAGGCGAGAAAGAUAGGAAGACCUUGUAUGACAAGGUAGAGCUCUUUUCCUUGGAUUUUCUCUACUUGGAGAAAGAAGAAGAAGUGGGUCCAAGAUGUCAACUAACAUCAUCAGCAUUUCCUCAGACAAACUUCCUCGGGUUUCUCGAUUCCCUGUUGGAGAAAAUGAAAUCUAGCCGUGAGGCUGUAAAUAUCGCUUCCACAAAGAAUGAGUUUAACAUUAUCCAGGAUAAUCUUGCAUAUUUAAGAUCUUUUUUGGUUAAUGUAGUUGGGCAGAAUGAUCAAACUGGGAAUCUCCAAGCACUCUUGAGUCGUAUUGCUACGGUAGCCUAUAAGACAGAGUUUGUCCUUGAUUCUCUAGUGGUUGGAGACACAUGCCAGAGCUUUACUCUAUUGAUUGAUAGCAUCGCAUCAGAGACUAAGCUUAUUAAGACUGAGGCAUUAGGAAGUUCUCCUCGCAAGGGGCGGAUGAUCGAAUUCCAGAGGGCAGAUACAAUUAAUAACAGGAAGCUUUCAACAAGUAAGAUCCCAGAAUUCGAUGAGCCUAUUGUGGGCUUGCAUGAUGAGUCGCAAAAGAUAAUUGAGCGGCUCAUAAGAGGUUCGAAAAAUUUGGACGUUGUUUCCAUAGUAGGUAUGGCUGGAUUAGGGAAAACCACCUUGGCAAGAAAAGUUUAUCGUGAUCCCUCUAUCACCAUCUACUUCCAGGUUCAGAUCUGGUGCACCAUUUCCCAAGUGUGGAACAAGAGAAGUUUGUUGCUAGAGAUUUUGAAUAAUCUUGGUCAGAAAUCGGUUGACAUGCUAUCAAAAAUGAGUGAAUAUGAUUUGGGUGAUACACUCCGUAGAUAUUUGAAGGGAAAAAGGUAUCUUGUCAUUCUGGAUGAUGUUUGGGAUGCCGAACUAUGGAGUAGUUUGAGAAUUUCAUUCCCAUGUGAUAGUACCGGAAGUAGAAUUCUUGUAACCACUCGAUCAGAAAAUGUGGCUCUACAAAUCAGACAAGAGAGUAAAUCUCACACUCUUCGUUUCCUCACCGAGACUGAGAGUUGGGAACUAUUUCAAACAAAGAUGUGCUUUGAAGGAGGUUUUCCUCAACAACUAAUUACACGUGGAAAGGCAAUAGCAACCUGUUGCAAGGGAUUGCCAUUGAUGAUUGUAGUUGUUGCUGGAAUUCUUUCAAAUAUGGAACCAAGUGCUUGGGAGGAGAUUGAAGAGUGCCUAAAGAAGGGUAAUCUACGUGCUACAGAUGAGUGCAAGGAGAUUCUAGAGUUGAGUUAUCGUCAUUUACCAGAUUAUUUGAAACCGUGUUUUCUUUACUUUGGGGCAUAUAAGGAGGAUCAAAAUGUACGGGUUUGUGAAUUGUUAUGGUUGUGGAUUGCUGAAGGCUUCGUGAAGAAAACUGAGAAAGAGUGCGAAGAAAGUGUUGCCGAGAGUUACUUGAUGGAGCUGAUACAAAGAAAUUUAGUUAUGGUUGCUGAGAGAGGGUCCAGAGGUAAGGUGACAACUUGUGUCCUCCAUGAUCUAUUACACGACUUAUGCAGGGAAAAAGGUGAACAAGAACGCUUUCUGCACCAGACAGACUUCCAUGAGCUUGGUGUUUCCCCUCCGUCAGUGAUGUUGUACCGAUUGCAUGUUAAACCAGGGAAAGUUGAGGAAUUUGCAGACUCAUUGCUAACUUUUCCUUAUUUGCGCACACUCUUGAUUGACGAUGACUCCAAAAAAAGUCAGGCGGCACAGUGGCAUGGUAUCCUUUACAACUUUUGCCAGUCCAGACUUUUAAGGAUUUUUGUUUUGAACGGAAACUUUGAGUUCUCUUUCUUCCCAAGUGCAAUUCAACUACUUGGUCACUUAAGAUACUUGGCUUUCGCCUUGGAUCAAUCAGUUAGCAUCCCACCGUCAAUCGAUUCUCUCUCAAAUUUGGAGACAUUGAUUGUUCGAGGACAGAACGAUAUUUUGCUGCCAAAUUCUGUUUGGAAUAUGAUAAAAUUAAGGCAUAUGAAAGCAUGGUUGUGGGAACUGCCUAUGGAGAAUCCAAAGCAUUUGUCAAGUUUAUUGAACUUGCAUACUCUUUCCCGCGUAACAUUUUCUCAUGGGCAGACAAUGGAGGAAGUAAUUAGGAAGCUCCCUAAUGUUCGCAGGCUUAACUGCACGCUGUCCUUGAAAGAGGAGGAAGAUGGAACCUUGAAAAGUUUCACAUUGGAUUUUUUGAGUCAACUUGAAUCACUAACCAUCUCCCGUCAUUGGGAUGAUAAGUGUAUGUAUCAUUUUCAGUUUCCUCCUAAUCUAAAGAAGCUAACUCUGCACGGGCUUGAGCUUCCAUGGAGUGAACUUUCAGUAAUUGAUAGGCUGCCAAAUCUCGAGGUCCUCAAAUUACUAGGGCAAUCAUUUACUGGGAAAACAUGGCAUGUCGGAGAAGAAGGAACAUUCCCCAAGCUCCGAUUUCUGAAAUUGGAAUGCCUGGAUUUAGUUAGAUGGACAAUGAAUUCAGAGGAUAAUGUCCCUUGUCUGGAGAUGUUAUUGCUGAAAAGAUGCGAGGAAUUAGAGGAAUUACCCACUGAUUUAGCCCAAAGCUCAACUCUUCAGAUGAUUGAGGUAAUUUCGUGUCAUCUUGCCGCUAAUUCAAUGAAGGAAAUUGAAGAAAUAAAGACGGAAUUGGGAAAUGAUGAUCUCAAGAUUCAUUAUGCUGAAUCUGCACCAAGUGAGAGUUACUCAUCAGAGGAUGAAACAGGUAAGUUCAAACAUAUUUAUGCCUUUUUUUUCUUUUCUUUUUCUCUUUUUCUUUUCCUUUCCCCAGUUAAACAUUACACGUACUUUUAUUUACCCAAACUGCAGCUUUUGUUUCCUAAUAAGAUCAUGUUUCAAAAUAGAAAUGAUUCUUUACAUGGGUAUGCAUCAGAUCUUUUGGCUAAUCUUCCUAGUGAAAUUAAAGAUUUCAUGUGUAGUGAUAGAGUUGGUCGGCCGGAUAACCUAGGAUAACCUAUGUAUGUAUGAUCUUGGUUCAAAAACUACCGGUUACCGUUCAUGAACAACCGAGUCAUGGUUAAAAAAUAUGUGAACGUUAAUUGGUCCAUAACUCUAAGAACACAGUCAGUUAUGAUUUGUGAACCGCGAGUGAGAAUCCAAUUCUGCGCCAGUUAUGUUUUCAAUCGUUGACUCUUUUAAUCUGGUAUAUUUACACUUUAAUUUGAUUUUAUGGUCUUAUUAAUCUAAUAUUUAUACCGUUAAAUUAUUUAAAAAAAGGACAAAGAAAUGUUGAGUCACGAAAGAAUCAAUAAAUAGUGAAGAGAGAGAGAGAGAGGUAGGUUUGGUGAUUACUUGCAUCGUGGUUUAAGAAAAUCUUCCCUGUAAAAAAAAUUUGUGUAUUCUUUUAAAAUUUAACCAAAUUAGCCAAUAAUCCAUAUAAUCACAUGGGUUAUUUUUUUGAGGCAAAAGAAAUAUCAUUUUAACAUAAACGGUCAAUUAUUCUGAAAUGUAUUUUUUAAUUCAAGUCUUAAAUGGAACUUUCAAAUGUAUCAAGUUAUAAUUUUCAAAAUUCCAAAAUUUUGUAUAUUGUAAUUAAAUUAUAAUCAAAAUAACGUCUAACACGUUUGUGACAAUCAGUAUUGUUAGUUUUGAAGGGUGGUAUUUUAAAAGAUUUGAAUCGUAGUCGGCCCUUGAGUAGACAGUCUAAUUAUGAUUAUCGAUUCUGGUUAAAAUAUGAACUGUGUCAUGUUUAGGAAAAUCAAUGUGUAAUGCCAAUCACCCUUUAAUAUAUAUAUAUAUAUAUAUAUAUAUAUGUAUAUAUAUAUAUAUGGAGAGGUUAGAGUCAAUUAAAAAUGACAACCGUUUUAGUAUAAUAAUCAAAGGAUUAAUUAGGCUAAUUAACAACCGUUGAUUAAAAUAAGGGUGCAUCAUAAGUAAAUAUACCUAAACCCACCUAAUUAAGCAAAAAACUUAGAGGAAAUGGUCAAUUUUGCCCGGAGCUUCAAGUGUCUGGCCAAUUUGACCCAAAAGAUAUUAGAAAGCCAAAUUCAUCAUGUAAAUUUCAAUUUCUGGCCAAUUUAAUUCAACUGACGAAAAUUUUAUUAGAUUUAACACUUCCGCUGACAUUCCGUUCUUUUGUACAAUUUUUUUUAUUAGAAAAAGAUUUGGUGGACCCCAUAAUUUUGACAUUUUAACCCCAAUAAUUUUAGUUGUUCUAAAAUAUACCCAUAAAAGUUUUUU